AGUAAAACUUGCUUGACCAACAGCUUCCCUGGUCUCACCCGAGUCGACGCCAUUUGUCCGAGGUCGCCAUCUUCCGCCGAUACCGCGUGGGCGACGCUAACGUCAGACAGUCGAACCGUCCCCCGUCUGCUCUCACACGCAACCCAUCGGUACCCUAUCGUGAACGACCGCCCGAUCCAGUCGGGGGUGCCCGUUCUGCCACAGUCAGAUGACCAACACCAAUAUGGCGGAUUACCAGCACGAUCAGCGACGGUAUGGACCGGGUCAUGGCAACCAACGCGAUGCUGUCUUCAACGACAUCUUCGGUUCUGCGCCACCCCCGGGCCGCUCGACAACUAUGACCUCCGCAUCGACUGGCAAUAUGCCUCAUCCUCAUCACGGCGCUCAAGAAGGAAGGACAAAUACCAUGUCGUCAAUGGCAUCCAGUUCCGCCGGCUACCCUGAUAUGCAACGGAGGCCUCCUCCACGAAUGCCCCCGCCUGGGCCACAGCGAGGCGGUUAUGGCGAUCCAAUGGCUCAGCGCACACGCACGAUGGACACAAGCAUGACCAAUGGGUAUUAUCAGAGUCAGCGGCAUCCUUCUGGGGGUCAUCCCCCACCGCAUCCGGGACAGCACGCGCGCCAACCACCUCCUGGCCCAGAACGCCGGCCAUAUCCCGGUCCUCCUCCUCAAGGGCACCCACGGUAUGAAUCGAGAGAUGGCGUUCCGGCUGGCUACCCGCCCCGUGGCCCUCCCCCUCCUCACCCACAGCAGCGUUUCCACCAGCAGCAGCCUGGGUCUGGUGCUGCACUUCGCGACGAUCCAUACCGAUCACAAUCUCUGGCCAGCAUGCCCCGACAGCCCAUAUAUCAACAACCGACGGGACAGUUCCAAGCUUCGCAACCCAACUUUCGGCAGGGUCCGGCGCCAGCACCUUCCUCUAGAACCACGGCUCAGGGCCGAGUCGUACCUGAGCGCCAUGACGAUCGAUCCAUGUCAAUGACUGGGUAUCCUCCCGACCGAGACCCGACCCAUCACUCUUCGCACCAGACUAUGAGCGGCCGAGUCAUCCCCAACCGAGCACGUGCCCCCUCCACCGAAGGCCCUGGCACGAAUGGCUAUGCAGCUUACAAUGGGCAUGCUUCAACCCCAGGCAGUGCGACUAGGACGAUGAGCAUGGCUUCCUCGACCAUGGGUUCGACGAUUGUCGCUGGCGACCAUAGCCGAACAAUGUCCAUGGCUAGUACCAUCGCGCCAUCCGAUGCUGGCCGUCAGCAACUCGUCCAUCGACCGUCGGUGGCCUCGCAAAGAUCCGCAGAAGGAGAUCGGCCACCUACAGCCAAGAUUCGGGCACCCCUCGUAAACCCCGCGUUUCUGUCAAAGGUGGCAGAAUGCUUUCAGCGCAAGAUCAUUACGGGUGAGAGGACUAAGAACGGACUGACAUACAAGAAUGCCUUCAGUGGUUCAGAGGCAGUCGACGUCCUGUCAUACAUCAUCAGAACAACCGACCGAAACCUGGCUCUGUUAUUGGGUCGUGCUCUCGAUGCUCAGAAGUUCUUCCAUGAUGUGACGUACGAGCACAGACUGCGCGACUCGACCUCGGAGAUGUAUCAGUUCCGCGAGACUCUGAUGGACGAACCGGAAGAGGGAUCCUCGGUCAAUGGCGUCUUCGUCCUUCUGUCGGAAUGUUAUUCUCCAACUUGUACGCGCGACCAGCUGUGUUACUCUAUUGCCUGUCCCAGGCGUCUUGAGCAAGUGGCCAGGCUCAAUCUCAAACCCCAGGUGGGCCUUAAGAAAGACCAGGACGCGGCACUCAACGACGAUCUGGACCAAACGGAUGAGCAGAAGCUCUGGAUCAACUCCGUCCCCAAGGAAGUCGCAGACAGCAUUGACGACAGAGAAAAGAAGAGGCAGGAAGUCAUCUCUGAGAUAUGCUACACGGAAAGAGACUUCGUCAAGGAUCUCGAGUACCUGCGCGACUUCUGGGUGCUCCCACUCCGGUCUCAAGGAUCUCCGAUUCCAGCCCAGCGACGAGAGCGUGUCGUCAGACAAAUAUUCAGCAACGCCAUCGAUCAUCCUAGUGUUCACUCUGUCAGCUCCAGAUUUGCUCGUGCUCUGACGGAGCGACAGCAGAAGCAGCAUGUGGUCCGCAACAUUGGAGAUAUUUUCCUGGAAAUUGUCCCGCAGUUCGAGCCUUUCAUCUUGUACGGCUCCAAGCAGUUGGAGGCGAAGUUCAGUUUUGAAAAUGAACGCUCAGCGAACCCAUACUUUGCCAAAUUCGUCGAAGAAAUCGAGAGGAGAAAGGAGUCACGCAAGCUGGAGCUGAACGGUUACCUGACGAAGCCUACCACAAGAUUGGCCCGGUACCCAUUGCUGCUUGAGAAUGUACUAAAGUACACCGAGGACGGCAACCCUGACAAGGAGGACAUUCCAAAGGUCCUCACGACAAUUCGAGAACUGCUCACCAGGGUGAAUGCAGAGUCCGGCAAGGCCGAGAACAGAUUCAACUUGCGACGUCUUAACGAACAGCUGCGAUUCCGCCCCGCAGAUCGCGUGGAUCUGAAGCUGACCGAAGAAGGGCGCGAGCUUGUGUUCAAGACAAACUUCAAGAAGACCAUCACAGAUCCAGCUGACAUCACCGCAUUCCUAUUCGACCAUGCCGUGCUGUUGGUGCGUAUCAAACAGGUUGGCAAGGGCCAAGAAGAAGUCAAGGCAUACCGACGACCCAUACCACUCGAACUUCUCUCUAUCAGGGAGAUGGCCGAAGUCAUCCCGCAGCAGGGGAUGAAGCGCAGCUCGUCGAGUUUGCCAUCUUUCCGCAGCAAGGAAUCGGACAAGAAAGUUCAGGAAGGAUGGCCCAUCACGUUCCGCCACCUUGGCCGGAACUUCUACGAGCAGGUUCUGUAUGCCUCCAACCAGUCUGCGCGCAAAAAAUGGCUCGAGUAUAUCGACACAGCCCAGCAGCGACUUCGUGCGAGAGCGGACUUCUUCAACGUCAAUACCUUGUCAUCUGGUUUCUUCCAGACCGGCAACUUUGUGAACGCAGUCACGCCUUUCGAUGGUGGACGGAAGCUCAUCUACGGCACCGACAACGGCAUCUAUGUCUCUGUGCGCAAGAACAAAGAUCAGCCACCAAAGCGCGUGAUCGAGGCGCAGAAUGUGACACAGGUUGAUGUUCUGGAAGAGUAUGGCCUUCUGUUGGUCCUCUCGAACAAGUCUCUGCUGUCGUACUCGCUAUCUGCCCUCGACCCGAACGAGCCGACUUUGUCAAAACGUCCGAAGAAGAUUCAGAGCCACUGCAACUUCUUCAAGACGGGUAUCUGCCUUGGACGCCAUUUGGUAUGCUGCGUCAAGUCUAGUGCCCUGUCGACCACGAUCAAGGUGUAUGAGCCCAACGACUCGAUGAGCAAAGGAAAGAAGCAGAAAGGAUUCGGCAAGAUGUUUAAUGCAGGACAGGAUGAACUUAAGGCGUUCAAAGAGUUCUACAUACCUACUGAGUCUACUUCUGUGCACUUUUUGAAGAGCAAGCUGUGCGUGGCGUGUGCUCGGGGCUUCGAGGUUGUGUCUUUGGAGACACUGGAGACACAAUCGCUGCUCGACCAGGCCGACACAUCGCUCGACUUUGUGGCAAGGAAGGAAGGGGUCAAGCCAAUCCAUAUUGAACGUCUCAACGGAGAGUUCCUCCUCAACUACACCGACUUCUCCUUCUUUGUCAACAGGAACGGCUGGAGGGCUCGGCCAGAAUGGAGAAUCGACUGGGAAGGUGUGCCGCAGUCGUUCGCGCUCUCAUACCCAUGGAUCUUGGCUUUUGAGCCCAACUUCAUCGAGCUCCGCAAUAUUGAGAGUGGUGCCGUGCACAUUGUACCCCACAAGAACAUCAGGAUGCUGCAUAGCAGCACCCACGAGAUUUUGUUUGCAUACGAGGAUGAGAACGGUCAAGACGUCGUAGCAGCAAUCGACUUCUGGAAGAACAACAGGAGAUCCGAACUGCUCCUUCCUGAGAAAGCAUAGUCUGCAGUGUGCUACUCAACGUCGGCGGCUAUGCAUCACGACCACUUCUCAGCGGUUUGCGCACAGUCAUUUCCGCGAAUAGUGCGUGUAGAUCACGAUGCAACAACUGAGGUCGCCAAGGUCUCCACUAGCGAGCUGGUGAUCGAACGUGCCAGCCGGAGCUCUUCUACUGAGAAGCGCCGCGAAAGAGGUUGAACUGAAUAGGCAUGUUGUGGCAUGUGGCAGGCCCGGGUUUUACCAGGCCUGUCUGCGGCUUGUGUUUCUAUCGACCAUUGUCAUAGGCGCUUCGCAGGACAUACGACAUCUUUCGGUCUUUGACCGUACACCGGCUACGCCCUGCCACAAGA